AUGAAGUGUAGAUUGCCAUUACCGGUGGUGAGUGUUUUUGUCCGGUGGUGCUGCCGAUUGCCAUUACCAUUGGUCUGUGGCGCCAAGACAACUCGGUUUGAGGGAGCCGUAUUUACUGAUGGUAAAGGCCUCAGUAACUGGGAUAUUUUUACCCACAAGAGUGGUAAAAUCUUGGAUGGGAGCAAUGGAGACAAAGCGGUGGAUCAUUACCAUCUUUAUCUGGAGGAUAUUGAUCUCAUGGAGAAUCUUAGUGUGAAUAGCUACCGGUUUUCCAUAUCAUGGUCGAGGAUUCUUCCCAAGGGACGGUUUGGACAUGUUAAUACUGCAGGGAUUGAUCACUACAGCAAGCUUAUUGAUGCACUUUUGCAGAAAGGGAUACAACCAUUUGUCACGUUGACUCAUUACGAUAUCCCUCAAGAACUUGAAGAAAGAUACGGGGCAUGGCUAAGCCCUGAGAUACGGAAUGAUUUUGAGCAUUAUGUAGAUAUAUGCUUCAAAUAUUUCGGCAGCCGGGUAAAAUACUGGGUGACCCUAAACGAGCCUAAUGUCAUGGCAAUUCGUGGGUACCGUUCGGGAAUUUACCCUCCGUCUCGAUGUUCCGGUUCAUAUGGUAACUGUAAGAAAGGUAACUCGGAGGAGGAGCCACUAAUUGCGGCACAUAACAUGAUUUUGUGCCAUGCGGGCGCUGUUAAAAUUUACCGGACUCGAUACCAGAAGGAACAGAGGGGUAGUAUUGGAAUUGUAAUGAAUGCCGUUUGGUACGAGCCUUUCAGCAAUUCUACAGAGGACAGGCUGGCGGCUGAGAGAGCUCAAUCUUUCUAUUUGAACUGGUUCUUAGACGCUAUAAUCUUCGGAAAAUAUCCUGAAGAAAUGCAUCUUAUGCUCGGGACCCAUUUGCCUGUAUUUUCAGAAAAAGAUGUUGAGAUUUUGAGAAAUAAUAAGUUGGACUUUAUUGGCCUCAACCAUUACACCAGCUUCUAUAGCAAAGACUGCAUACACUCGUACUGUGAACCAGAGGUGCCAGGUGUCACCAAAUAUGAGGGCUGUUAUCUUCGUACGGCCUUAAGAGAUGGUGAACUUAUCGGUGAAUCUACAGCGCUCGAUUGGCUUUUUGUGUACCCUCAAGGAAUGGAGAAGAUUGUGAUGUACGUCAAGGGUCGAUACAACAACACACCAAUUUUCAUCACGGAAAAUGGCCUAGGCGUGAUGAAUGAACCGAAUACAUCCAUGAGUUGCUUUCUAAAUGACAUCAAAAGAGUGGAGUAUAUGAGUAGCUAUUCGGAUUCAUUGGCAAAGGCUAUGAGGAAAGGUGCAGACGUGAGAGGCUAUUUCGCGUGGUCUUUGCUCGAUAACUUUGAGUGGAUUUGUGGAUACACAAUAAGAUUUGGGCUUCAUCACGUUGAUUUCGGCACACUCAAGAGAACACCAAAGUUGUCUGCAGCUUGGUAUAGAGAGUUUGCUGAAGCCUAUGUAGGCUUGCACACAUCUUUUAAGUAG